AUGCUCAUUGCUGUCGACAACGAACUUGAGCUUGUCCGUAAACAUGUUCCCCCGCAGGUCAAGAUCACGAGCAUUUCUGGUGACUACGCCACACAAGCAGGUGCGCUCGAAGCUUUGCGACGCAACACCUGGGUGCAUCUCGCUUGUCAUGGAAAGUGGCAGAACCACGAGCAGCCUUACCAUUCGUGUUUCAUCAUGAGAGAUAAACCUGUCACGUUGCUUGAUAUCAUGAAGAACGACACUCCGCAAGCUGAGUUCGCAUUCUUAUCGGCCACUGGCCUGCAAUUUUCUGGGUUCAAGAGCAUCAUUGGUACUCUGUGGGAAUUCAAUGACGCUGUCGCAAAACAUGUUGUCGAAGCUUUCUAUGAAAACAUGUUCCAGUAA